AUUCUCCUCUCGCCGCCUCAAGCAAUGCUGGGCUCUUUUCACAGCAGCCUUUAGCCAUUGUGGUUUGGCCACCAGGGGGCCUACGGUUCAAUAAAGGAUGAUUGGAGCGAAUUACUGGGAGAAACGGUUUUUAUUCUGGCCCAAGAUCUGAGGGAAUGCAGAACGGCAGUGAGGCUGGUCGAGGCAGACUGAAGAGUUUCUCCGUCUUGGCUCAAUCCGGGCUGAAGCAUCAGGGUCGCCUCCCCCUGCUCCCUGCCCUCUUAAUACCCCGAGUCAAAGCGUGGGAAUUUUCUCCCUCAUUUCCUCCUAGUUUGCUGUGCCAUCUCUGCUGGCUCUUUUUGUAAGUUGCCUUCUGUGUGCAUCGUCCUCCCCAUCUGUGCAGAAGGAAGGAUGCCUUUGCCUUGGACAAUGAUGCUUUUGCUUCCUUUCCUGCAGCCUCUGGAGACCAGGGUGAAGGAAGGUGCUGCCCCGCUUCUUCAAGAGCCUUCGAUAUCCUCCAGGAGGGAGCAGAGGGCUGGAGAGGGUCAUUUAACAAGGCACUUUGUCUCCCCAGAGGCGCUGCUGGAGAUGCCUGGAAGACCGGGCAGGCUGAGAUGGCCAGGAUCCCUUGGCAAUCAGAGGGGGUGGCAGCUGUCGGAAGAGCAACUGAGGUGGAGAAGGACUCGCCGGGGAACUGAGGAUGAAGAGCCCAAGCCAGUUCAGCAGUACGUUCCGGGAGUAAAAGUGGAGUUUCCUCGGCCCGUGCUCCCUGGCAGCUUACGGCCCACCAAGGCCCUGGUGCCGUCCAGCACAUAUCCCUCUGAGCAGCGCCAGCGGAGUCCAGCGGUCCACGGGGCCACAGAACCCCAGGACAAUAUGACUGUGGCAUCAGGGAAGCGCCCUCAGAUCCAAAACCCUCUGUACCCAGUGACCGAGAGCUCUUACAGCGCCUACGCUGUCAUGUUCCUGUCCCUCAUUGUCUUUGCCGUGGGCAUCAUUGGGAACCUCUCCGUGAUGUGCAUCGUCUGGCACAACUACUACAUGAAAAGUGCCUGGAACUCCAUCUUGGCCAGCCUUGCCUUCUGGGACUUCCUCAUCCUCUUCUUCUGCCUGCCAGUGGUUAUCUUCAAUGAGAUCACCAAGAAGAGGCUGCUGGGGAGCAUCUCCUGCCGCGUGGUGCCUUUCAUGGAGGUGUCUUCAUUGGGCGUAACCACCUUCAGUCUCUGCGCUCUGGGCAUUGACAGAUUCCAUGCAGCCACCAGUCCGCAAGCCAAGCUGCGACCCAUUGAGCACUGCCAUUCCAUCAUUGCCAAGCUGGCUGUCAUCUGGGUGGGUUCCAUGACUCUUUCCGUCCCAGAGAUCCUCCUCUGGCAGCUGGCGCAAGACACCUCACCAGUCUCUGGCAUUGUGACUGACUACUGCACCAUGAAGCCUUCCCAGGACCUGCCAGAAUCUAUUUACUCUCUGGUCCUGACUUACCAGAACGCCAGGAUGUGGUGGUACUUCGGAUGCUACUUCUGCCUGCCCAUCCUCUUCACUGUCAGCUGCCAACUGGUCACUAGAAGAGUCAGCAGCCCAGACAAGACCGACUGCCGUGGCAGUAAGCAUGGGCAGUGUGAGAGCCAACUCAACUGCACCGUGAUCGGCCUGACAGUGAUCUAUGGUCUCUGCACAAUUCCAGAGAACGUCAGCAAUAUCGUUGUGGCUUAUCUAUCUCCUGACAUGGCCAAGCAGACCCUGGACCUGCUAAGUCUCGUCAACCAGUUCUUCUUGUUCUUCAAGUGCUCGGUGACUCCUGUGCUGCUGCUGUGCCUCUGCAAGCCGCUGGGCCAGGCUUUCAUGGACUGCUGCUGCUGCUGCUGCGACGAGUGUGGUCAGGAAGCUGCCUCCAGCGAUGGCGGCUCCGACGGCAAGCUGAAAACCGAGAUGUCUUCUUCCAUCUUCUUUGACAAGCCCCGGGAAUCGCCUACCCCUGUGGGGGCAGUUGGCACUCCAUGCUAAGCUCAAUCAGCUAAGCGGGGAGCAUUAGCAGUUCUUCCACCAGCUUCUUCCCAAGACCAAAAGUUGUUUUUCUCUUUAGUUAUCAGCUGGCGAAGUGGCUGGACGGUGGAAAUGGAGCAGGGCUUGUUCCAAGCACCAGCUCCGACCAGAGUGACUUAGUUAUGAGGCCUCAACAGGCAGCUCUCUCUCCUCUGCUGAACUAUUACCUAGGGUGUGAGCGCCCCCAAAUCGCAGGCAUGAGCAGAGAAGGCUGCUGCCAUGAAGGAGGGGGGUGCUGAGGAAAGCUACGCCUGCAGCCCCUCAAGGACUGAAGAGACCCCAAGUGUCUUAGAAGGACAUAGUACAAAUUAACCCAUCUUGCCGUCGUGCAGGAUCUCACUGUCCCCUUCUCUGCUCCAGGCCCAGAGACAGCCUCCUAUACAAGAUAAGCACUACCCUAGCCUCAAUAAACCAAUACUCUAGAUAGUGAAA